AGGUUCCAAAAACAGAACAGACUUUUGAAGAACGCCUGAUACUCAAAGCUUUCUUGCUAAAGUUUGUCAAUGCCUACUCGCCCAUCUUCUAUGUAGCCUUUUUCAAAGGGAGGUUCGUGGGCAGACCUGGAAGCUACGUUUACGUGUUCGAUGGUUACCGCAUGGAAGAGUGUGCUCCGGGGGGCUGCCUCAUGGAGCUCUGCAUCCAGCUCAGCAUCAUCAUGUUGGGGAAGCAGCUGAUCCAGAACAACAUCUUUGAGAUCGGAGUCCCGUAUGUAAUGACGUCGUCUCCCCCCACUUGCCGCCAGGGCCUAGCCCCGCACGGCCAGACUUCCAGCAGGACGUUCCGGCCCCUCCUCUCCGAGAGUCCG